GCCCGAUCCGGGAGAAUGAGCUGGUGACAGGACAUGGACCAGCGUGGCGGUGUCUCCAGCCCGAGCGGUACACUGGCGUCUGCCGAGCCAGCUCCUGCCUCGGUGACCCUGGCGGAGCUCCUGCACCUGGUCCAGAAGGGCCAGGAGGUCCCGGGCCUGGAGAAACGCCACAUCACUGCGACCCACGGUGAACCCACCGCGUCUCUGCUCCCUCGGAGGCCCAAGCCCUGGGAAGAUGCGGGCUCCGCCGCCUCAUCCUGCACCAUCGCCCUAGACAGGAGGACGCAGCCUCCGACCAUCGAGGAGCGAUCCCGGGGCAGUCCAGCCGCCCAACUCGACGGACGCCCAAGGGUUUCCUGAUGCUCGAGGUGUUUCCGGAGGGCAUGACUGGGACCUACACGAACUUGAGUCUGGACACUUGCCACCUGGGGUACUCAACGUUGCCUAGUAACUUUGUUUUUGGAUGCUAAAUUUCAACUUCAUACUGUGUCCUAGUCCAUUUGUGUAACGGAAAUGUUUCCCUUGUCACCGUAGGAGGGCACAACCUCCUGGACCCGCUUGUUCUGAUAAACUGAUAUCCAAAAGGCAGUUCUAA